UUUUAUGUAUUCCAAAUAUUUGAAGUUAAAUAUCUUUUAAUAAGUUAGCUAAGAUUUUAAUAAAAAUUAAUGCAAAAUAAGUGUAGCGAAACAAUUGGUUAACUUCUAAAAAUGAAUAUAGCCCGUAAAAUUUGUACUGUACGGUAUCAAAGUAUCAACAAGAGAUUUUCGAGAAAAUUUGCAAUAUCCAGUAAUCGAUAUGAAUCUUCCACUCAACCUCAAGUUAAAGACGAGAAAUACGAUUUUGAAGACUUGAAACUUAUAGAACGAGUCGAGCGUCGAAAAGCUCAAAUUCCGCCUUUUAUGAAAAAUGUAUUCGUUAGCAUUUUUAACCGGGAUUUGCUUGCUUAUCCUGAGAUUUUAAACAAAGACGAGUCUGAAGCCUUAGACCAGCGGAUUGCGGCGCUCGAUCGCGUCUUUUCCGACCCGGAUAAAACUUUAGAAGACCGUAAAAACGCUUUAAAAGGGACAAAAAUGUAUGCAGCCCCGGUUGCCUUAACUAAGAAUGGCUUAGCAACCAAUUAUACAGAAAGUCUUCGUUAUUUAGAGACUAUAAGUACAGAUUUACAGCUCAGUCAGCAAUUAAGUGAUCAUUGGGUUGGUUUGAAUGCUUUAAAGAUUGGUUUAGCGGAGGAUAUGUACGAAAAGGUUAUUGAUGAUUUAACAACUGGUGAUAAUAUGAUAGCAUUAUGUAUAAGAGAGAGAGUAGCUGAGAGGAUAUCACAAGCUGACUUUAGGACUUACGCUGAACUUGAUGAGAAUGGUGUAUGGCGUAUAUCAGGAGAGAAGAUAUGUCUACAAUCAUCUGAAUAUUACUUAGUGUUAAGUAUAGUUGAUACAAAUCGGCUUAAAAUGUUUUUAGUACAUCCCGGAGCUUAUGGUGUAAAUCAUAAUGGAACAUAUAUAACAUUUAUGAAGACGCCAGCAAUACCUUUAGAUAUGACUACGGAAGAGAAUUUAGCUAAAACAUUAGGUGUGUCUAGACUUUAUACGGCUGCACUAUCUCGAUCUAGUCUAUGGCAAGCUGUGAAGACGAUCAAUGAAUAUAUAUCACCAAAGAUAUUUUCAGGUAAGCCAAUGUCUGAAGUUUCAACGAUUCGUUUAGUGAUAGGAGAGGCAUUACUCAAAAUAUAUGCAUCGGAAAGUGCAGAGUAUUUCACAGCUGGUCUCCUUGAUGGUUAUGUGGAUCCUGAUGCUGAACUGGAAAUGGCUAUGUGCAGAAAUUUUAUAGCGGAGCAAGGUUUAAAUGCUUUAUUAAAGUUAAUAGCGAUACCAAAUAUUGAAAUGAAAGAGGAAACUUUACAAUUGCUGCAAAAUAUGAGAACUUUGACAUUAACAGGAGAAACUAUAGACAAUGUAAAUAUGUUUAUAGCACUAAAUGGUAUACAUCAUGCGGGUAAGAUGAUGUCUGAAGAGAUCAAACAAAUAAGGAACCCGUUGUUCAAUCCAACUUUCAUCUUGAAGAAAAUUCUUGCUGACAGACAUCAGGAGAAAGAUGAUCCUAAAUUAAAUCUGUAUCUAGCUGAACACCUGCAUCCGUCUCUGCGCAAACCUUCAGAACAGCUGGAGUACUGCGUAUUGAGGAUGAAGUUCGCCUGCGAGACGAUAAUGAGUAGGCACGGAGUGGACGUCGCUAGUGCUUUCACUGAAUUAAACAGAAUGGCGGAAGCUGGCAGUGAGAUAUUAGCUAUGACUGCUGUACUGGCGAGGGCGUCCAGAGCAUACUGUAUAGGUUUAAGGAAUGCUGAAGUUGAAAUGAAAUUGGCCGCUUGUUUUGUUGAGGAUUCAAAGGAAAGGGUGAAGAAGUUGAUUCGCGAUGUGAAUGAUGGUGAAUAUUUGAAUUUGGAUAAGUUCAAGACGUCGUUUGGUAAGAAGGUGCUCGAGACGAAGUCGGUGCUUGUAGAAAAACCUACCGCGAGAGUGUUUUGGUAGAAAAUUCUACCAAAAAAUUGGUAGGAAAUUCUACCUAAUUUAUUUUGUUAUGAAUUCUGCCAAAAUUGCAUUGUUUUUGGUAGGUUUUUCUACUAAAAUUAGUUUGGUAAGAAAGUGCAAAAGUUUGUUUUGGUAGUUUCCUACCAAUCAAUCAAUUAAAAUUGUUUUAGUAGAAAAAUCUACCACAUUAAAUUGGUAGGUCUCCUGAGGAACACACGUUAAGAAUAAAAAUUAAAAAUGU